AUGGCUACGCAUAACGACUCGAGGACGCUUCUUGGUGGCGGAGUGAUGAUGCUGGGCGUUGCAACAGCGUUUCUAACGUUAUUGCUAUUGCUGAGUCACAUCAUCUACAACAUCUUUUUCCACCCUCUCCGCCACUUCCCAGGCCCCAAGUCUUGGGCGGCGACACGGCUACAAUGGCACCGACACUCCAUGCAGGGUGACCUUAUCUACGCCAUCAAGGCUCUGCACGACCAGUACGGGCCAGUAGUCCGAGUAGCCCCUGAUGAGCUGGACUACACCACCUCCACCGCCUGGAAGACCAUCCUCGGCAAAAACAGCCCAGAGAUGAGCAAGGCUUUUGAUGGUCGCGGCGCUCCACCGCCCGCAAACGGUGUCCCGGGACUCAUUCACAGCCCAAAAGAGAACCACGCGAGACUCCGCCGUGCCAUCUUUCCGGCCUUCUCUGACAGGGCUCUGCGGGACCAGGAAGGUUUCGUUCAGCAGUACGUCGACUUGCUCAUAUCCAAGCUGUCGGGAUUCGCCGACGCUGGGAAGCCAUGCGACUUGACUGUCUGGUACAACUACACCUCCUUCGACAUCAUAGGUGACCUCGCCUAUGGCGAGUCCUUCCACUGCCUCGAUAAUGCUGAGUACCAUUCACUCAUCCACCUGGUCUUUGGCGCUGUCGAAGUCACCCUUCAUGAACUUCUUCGUUCGUAUUCCCUGCCACUGCUUUGCCCUCCUCUGAUCUACUACCGCUUGCAGGGACUGAUGAAGUAUCUGGCGCCAAAGCACCUCCUGAAAGCUCGACAGGACACUGCGCAGUACUCUGAUGACACCAUGGAGAAGCGACUGAGUGCUGACCGCGACGACCGGAAAGACUUCGUCUCUUACACCGUGGCGAAGAGCGACGUCUCCGACGGCCUUGGGAGGGAGGAGAUCCGAUCCAUGUCCAACGAGUUGAUAGUGGCGGGGUCGGACACCACAUCGAGGCUGUUGGCUGGCAGUACGCAUCUGGUUUUGACUCAUCCGCGGGUCCACUCGAGACUGGCAUCUGAGAUUCGCGGCGCAUUUGCAACUGCGAAGGACAUCAAUGCGGUCAGCGUGGAGUCGCUUCGCAUGUACCCGCCAUCGCCAUCGACGCUUCCGCGAAAGGUGCCCGGCGACGGGGCCGAGAUUGAUGGGCAGUGGGUGCCAGGAGGCACAUCCGUUGGGAUCAACCAAUGGUCCGCCUCGCAAUCCUCGGCAAACUUCCACCGCGCGAACGAGUUCAUUCCAGAACGAUGGCUGGACCUGGCCGAGCUACCGGAGCACAUGGCCAGAGAGGCACCCCCCUCUUCGCUCGAGACGACAAAGCUGCCAUGCAGCCCUUCUCAUAUGGUGCCCGACCAUGUCUCGGCGUCAACCUUGCGAAGAUGGAGUACAGACUGA